GCCCAGUCCGUAUCUGCCAGCAGGGCGAGCAGUCUGCUUUUCUCUUCUCAGCCAGCUAGUUUAUGCCACAACAGCGUUUAGAACUAUCACACAGUGGUGGUGGCAGCAGGCUGGAUGCAAAGUUUAAUAAACGAUGAACAUUGAAAUUAGGUGACUCCUGUAACGGGCAGAACCAGACCUCUUAAUUGGAUUGGAUGGAAAUUCAUAAACUUGUGAUAGUGCGUUGUCUGUUUCAUUCUUGUGCAAUUGUUCUGGGGAGCAACUCAUUUCAAAAUGGGUCUCGAGAACAUUUUGCCUACUUAUCAUAGGUCACCAACCAAGUUACCGAUAUCUCUAAACAAGCUAUGCCGUUCAAAAGAGAGAGUUUUAUUGGGUUUCGUGUGUUUCGGACUUGUGGUUGCCUGCUUUGGAACAGUUUUUUUUCUUCCUGAAUUGCGCACAGGAAUUGCUUUACCAUCACUAAACAGUGUGUACAAGGUCUACGAACAUGUUCAGAAAGUUGGCCCUGAAUUUAUACUACAGCUACCUCCAUUAGCAAAAGAUGAUAUUCAUGAAGGAAAAUCACAACAACAUCAUGGUCAAAUUGACAAGCCAGAUUUUCAUCUGUUGGAAGAUCAAGCCAGACUAAGAGCCAAGAUCGAAACUGAAGAGAGACUAGAGCUGGAGCAAAAUCAACUAAAAGUUCUUCCAAAGCCAAUGAUUCCAUCAAGUAAAAGUGAAACUGGUGUUUCUGGCAGUACUACCCAACCAGAUGGAGGUAUCAAGGGAGAAAGCAGUGUAACCGUUCGUGAUCAACUGAAAAAUCGGUUGCCCAUGGUUCAGGGUGGCGGCGAUCUUGAACCAGAUAUAAGGGCGAAAAGAGAAACUGUCCGAAAGAUGAUGAAGCAUGCAUGGGACAACUACGCCACGUACGCCUGGGGGAAAAAUGAAUUACGGCCGAUCAGUCACAAAGGCCAUAGCGCAUCAAUUUUUGGGUCGGGCAACUUCGGAGCUUCAAUCGUCGAUGGUCUCGAUACCCUUUACAUCAUGGGAUUCAUGGACGAGUUUAAGCGAGGUCGAGACUGGGUGGAAGAAAAUUUAAAUUUGACAGGAGUGUCAUCGGAGUUAUCCGUUUUCGAGACUAAUAUUCGUUUUGUUGGUGGCUUACUGUCAUGCUUUGCCAUAACCGGCGAUUCAAUGUUUCGGGAAAAAGCCCUACAUAUCGCCGAGAAACUACUACCGGCAUUUAAUACGCUUACGGGUAUACCACAUGCAUUGAUUAAUAUCGGUACCGGGACGAGUAAAAAUUACGCGUGGGCCAGUAGUGGUUCCAGUAUCCUUUCCGAAUUCGGGACAAUGAGUUUAGAGUUUAACUAUUUGUCAGAUGUGACUGGCAAUCCAGUUUUUCGGCAAAAAAUUGAGAAAAUUAUACAGGUUAUCAAGAAACAGGAUAGACCUGACGGGCUUUAUCCCAAUUAUCUUAAUCCGAAGACCGGACGCUGGGGACAACAACAUAUUUCUAUGGGCGCAUUAGGAGAUUCGUUUUACGAAUACUUAUUGAAAUCGUGGCUGCAGAGCGCUAAAACGAAUGACGAGGCCAAACAAAUGUAUGUCGAUGCUAUGGAUACCGCAGUGGGGAAGUUGAUCCAGAAGUCAAAUGGCGGUCUAACUUACUUUGCCGAAAUGAAGUUUAAUCGACUGGAACACAAAAUGGACCACCUGGCGUGUUUUUCAGGCGGUAUGUUGGCCUUGGGAGGUACUCAUUUAGAGGAACCCUUGAAAAGUAAACACAUAGAACUAGGAAAGGCUAUAACGCACACCUGCCAUGAGUCGUACGAUCGGAGCAGUACCAAACUUGGACCUGAGGCUUUCCGUUUUUCCGAUGCCAUUGAAGCGAAAGCCUUGAAAUCCAACGAAAAAUACUACAUCUUGCGACCGGAAGUUAUUGAAUCUUACUUCGUGCUUUGGAGGUUAACCCACGAUGUACGGUACAGGCAAUGGGGAUGGGAAGCUGUGCAAGCUCUAGAGAAACAUUGUCGGGUCGACGGAGGUUAUACUGGCUUAAAGAACGUCUAUAGUGAUGAACCCACACAAGAUGACGUCCAGCAAAGUUUUUUCCUGGCUGAAACGUUAAAGUAUCUCUAUCUUCUCUUUAGCGACGAUGAAUUGAUUUCUCUUGACGAAUGGGUGUUCAACACGGAAGCUCACCCUCUACCGAUAAAAAAGGUUAAUCCUCUCUAUCGAGGUAUAUAGAAACGAAUAUAACAGAGUCUUUGUAAAUCCGGAAGUUAAGAAAGAACUAGCACCGUUUCCAAUAAUUGUUUUGAAAUCUGACAUGUGUGUAACACCUGUUCUAAUGGAAGGUACCCCUAGGUGUACUCGGAAUUGUUUUCCUCCGUUCGUGGAAUGGAUUUGUUUCACCGUUCAUUUAAAUGACGCUGUUACGUUAACAAAGUCAAGUGUUGCUUAGUGUCAUGCUAUCUGCAAUUUAAAUCUUAUUUCACAUCUUCAUCCAGUUAAACCAUUAGGGCAGUUUUUCAAUUUUGCAUCAUUUGUAGGGAAAUUUGUGAAAUAUUCGGAUUACGUCGUUUAUAAUGUUUUCAUUCACUUUAAAAUGUUGUUAAUGACGAUUUAAGGACACCUCUAGUAAUUACCAUUAUUUGUUCCAUCUCUAAAGCCGCCUGUACACACGACAAGAACAGGUUGAUUCAAAGCUCCACUAUGAAUGCAGUUUUGUUUCGCCACUGAAUUUCUUUUUGUAAUCUUAUCAUUCGAUAUGCAUGGGCAUAAAAUCAGAGAGGAUAAAUAAAAAGAACUUUAUGAUCACAA